UCAACUAGCGCGUGAAAAUAGAAUUACAUUUUACCACGUGAAAUAAUAUAAAAAUAUCCGUGUAUUAUUGUAUCGGCUAAGUAUGAGUGAUAAUAGCAAGGAAUCYCAGGAAAUCAAGCCAUUUAUAUCGAUUGGUCUMAACAUGUCAGAUGUACCGGUKAUUGCAGAAAGAAAGAUGGACUCCAACUCGCGCAACGAACGAAGAGGGGCAAUUCGUGAUGCUUUUGAAACCAUUUUAGAGAACGUUGAAGGAAAAGAUUACAAGAGACAAGGUCUACUUAAGACACCCUCUAGAGCGGCUGAAGCGAUGUUGUUUUUCACGAAAGGUUACGAAGAAAAUUUAGAUGAGCUCCUAAAUGAUGCAGUAUUUGAUGAAGAUCAUGAUGAAUUGGUUGUAGUUAAAGAUAUUGAAAUGUUCUCUUUGUGCGAACAUCAUCUAGUUCCCUUUGUUGGGAAGGUUCAUAUUGGUUAUUUACCAAAUAAGAAGGUUGUAGGACUCAGUAAACUGGCAAGAGUUGUAGAAAUGUACAGUCGGAGGCUUCAAGUACAAGAGCGUCUCACCAAACAAAUUGCACAAGCAGUUGUAAAUGCAACCAGUCCAGCAGGUGUUGGAGUUGUCAUUGAAGCAUCKCAUAUGUGCAUGGUAAUGAGGGGAGUUCAAAAAACAGAUAGCAAGACAGUAACAAGUUGCAUGUUGGGAGUGAUGCGUGAUGACCCCAAAACAAGAGAAGAAUUCUUAGCUCUAAUAAAAUAAUGAAAUUA